AUUGGAUCACUAAGAUAAAACAUUAAAAAUCGUAAAUAAGUUAUUGGAUAGAUAAAGGUUUGUUUUCCUAACAUCCCCUGACCUAAGCGUCGUGUUACACUUUACUCAUAUUCCCAAACCUUCACCAAUCUCUUAAGUCCGAUCCUAAGCUCUUCAGUCUCUCUGAAACUACAGUACGAGAAGGACUUCAAAAUAACUUAAAAUUACUUAAAAGAAAGAAUCAAUAUUAAACCAGAAUCAGUAAGUAAAAUCAUUAUUUUAUACACACAUACGUUUACACAUUUUACUUACACACAAUCACACGAAUUUGUCCAUCCCGGGGUAAAGUGGUUAAAUCCAUCGACCCAAAAAGGACAAUAAAAACACGUUUUAAAAAACAACUAAGACGUGACAUAAAUUUGGUGACAGCGGCGGAAUACUAAAGUUUGUGUGACACCAAAAGUUUUUGUGAAAAUAAAACAGUAAAGUGUAAAUGCCAAAAUUGAGGCGAAGUCCUCCUUCAUCAAAAUCAAAUCAAGAAUCAACAAUUGAAAACCCUAAUCAAGCUAAUAUGGAUAUUACCGAAUUACGAAGAAUGGUAAUAGAACAACAAACCAUUGGACGACUUCAGCAGCAGCAGCAACAACAACAACAGCAAAAUGGACAAAUCAGUAAUCAAGGGAUUGGACUUUUAACAGAAGGUAAUUUCUUACAUUUUUCAAUAAGAGAUGCACUCGAUGCAGUGCCUACUUAUGAUGGAGAAAACAUUCCAUUCAUUUAUUUUGUCGAGGGUUGUGAAGAAGCCAUGAGCAUGAUAGCACCAACACAGGAAAAUAUAUUAGUAAGAGCAAUAAGAAAUAAGUUAAAAGGGGAUGCACACCGAUCAAUAUUAGGAAAAAUUUUUACUAACAUGCGUGAAUUAAUAGAAUUUUUAAGAACUAAAUAUGGUCCCAGAGAAACAGUUUACGAAGCCCAGGGACGUUUAGCUUAUUUAUGUCAAAAGAAAGAUGAAAAAGUGGCCACAUAUGCGAAUCGAGUUCGGGAACUAGGAAAACGAAUAUUAGACGCUCAAAAAAGAGAGACUGGUGAAAUUAGUGAAGAAUUUCAAAAUUCAAUCGAGGCCCAUCUAAAAACUAGCUUCUUACGCGGAUUAAAUAAAGAAAUUAUAAUAUCUAAAGAAGGAACGUUCGAACAACUUGAGAGUCGAGCAAUUGACGCGGAAAAAGAACUCGAAACUAUAAACAUGAUAAGGCGAGUCGUUCUCGCAGAGAAUACAACAGAGAGGCGAGCCACUCGACGCAUAGAAGCCGUAGAGAUCAUAUGUCAGUAUUGUCAUAAAAAAGGUCACACAGCUGAUCGGUGCAGAAAGAUCCUAAAACAGCAAGGAAAUGUUGAACGUAUAAAUUCUAAUAAUCCAAUUCAAUAUCAAAAAAACGUAGAACAUGUAAAUCAAAAUUAUUUAGCUCCAAUACAAUUUCCAGUAAGACAAAAUUUUCCACAAAAUACAACAAAUAAAUUUUUCCCACAAAAUUUUUCCCGACAAGCGUAUAAUAAAUCUUUUCAAAAUAAUCAAAUACUGGUUCUGGACAAGAAAUGUUCUGUAAUAAUCAACCCUUAAUUUUUCAAAAUCAAUUAAACCCAAUAAUUUGUCAAUAUUGUAAAAAAUUUGGACAUUCAAUUGAAGAAUGUAGAAAACGUGCUUAUAAUAAUAAUCAGCGAAUUACACAAAGUCAGGGAAACAGAUAUAUUCCCGACAGGAAAAGGGCAGCUUCGGGAAUGUAAAAUACAUGUCCCAGUCGAGUAAUCUCAACGGAAACAAUUUCCAAUUCCGAACAGUAAAUCUAGCAAAUAUAGACGAUGUACCAACAAUCAAAUUAUCAAGUAAAGAUUUUAAAGAAAAUUCAAAGUUUCUAGUUGACAGUGGAUCAGGGCCUAAUAUAAUUAAACAAGGUUGUUUAAAAAGAGACAUUUGGGUAAAUGAAAAUAAAAUUUUUAAACUAAGUGGUAUAACAGCGCAUCAUGUGUCCACCUUAGGGCUGGCACUGAUAGAUAUCUUAGGAUGUCCAGUUGCUUUCCAUUUAGUGGAAGAUAAUUUUCCAAUACCUCAAAAUGGGAUCUUAGGAUCAGACUUUUUUAAACAAUUCCAAGUCAAAGUCAAUUAUCAAAAAAAUCAAAUAGAAUGGGAAAAUAUAAUUAUCCCUUUUGAGCCCAAAGAAGAUCCAGAAGAAACUUUAAUAAUUCCAAGUAGAUCUAUUUCUCAAAUUCAUAUCAAUGUUAUUAAUUCUGAAUUAAAGGAAGGAUAUGUUCCGCGAUUGAUUGUGACAGAGAGCAUUUACUUAGGUAAUCCUUUAGUCUCAGUACAAAAUGGAAAAGCAUACUUAAGAGUAAUAAAUACAAACGAAAAAGAUCAUGAAAUAUAUGUGCCAAACAUUGCAAUUCAAGAAUUUGAAACAAAAGAUCAAGAUGAAUUAAAUUUGGAAAUACAAGCAGAAACAAAUUCAAAUUUACAAGCACGAUCAAAUACAAAUACAAACUCGUGUUAUCACAUUAAAGAACAAAAUAGAAAAGACCAAAUAAUUAAAUUACUACGCCUAAAUCAUUUAAAUAAAGAAGAACGAGAACAUGUAAAAAAUCUAAUUGAAAAAAGUACAGAUUGUUUUCAUUUACCAGGAGAAAUGUUAGAGCAUACAAAUGCAGUACAACAUCGUAUAUUAACCACUGAUGAAGCUCCAAUAAAUACAAAACAAUAUCGAUUUCCAGAAAUUCACAAAGAAGAGAUAAAUAAGCAAGUAAAUGAACUUUUAGAAAAUAAAAUUAUAAAACCAUUUGAUUCUCCAUAUAAUACCCCAGUAUGGAUAGUUCCUAAAAAGAUGGAUGUAAACGGAAAUAAACGAUGGCGAAUGGUAUUGGACUUUCGAAAAUUAAAUAAUAAAACGAUAGGCGACGCAUAUCCACUUCCAAAUAUAACUGAAAUUCUCGAUCAAUUAGGUGGAGCAAAAUAUUUUUCGGUCUUUGACCUAGCUUCAAGUUUUUACCAGAUUCGCAUGCAUCCAGAAGAUAGUCAUAAAACAGCCUUUUCGACUCCACAUGGGCAUUAUGAAUUCGACAGAAUGCCUUUCGGACUAAAAAAUGCACCUGCAACCUUUCAGAGACUAAUGGAUUUAAUACUUAGUGGAAUGCAAGGAAACGAAAUUUUCGUAUAUUUAGAUGAUAUAGUAUUAUAUUCAAGCUCUUUAACUGAACAUGCUAUAAAAUUUGAAAAAUUAAUUAAUAAAUUACGUAAUGCAAAUUUAAAAUUACAGCCAGAAAAAUGUGAAUUUUUAAGAAAAGAAGUAACUUAUUUGGGACAUAUAAUUGGAAAGGAUGGUGUUCGCCCAGAUCCAAUAAAAGUUGAGGCUGUAAAAAAU